AUGCCAUUAGAUGAUAAAACAAUCAGAAAGGUGUCCAAGAAGUACACAUCGAACAUGACGCGUCAGUGGUCAAAGCCAUCAUCACAGCUGCUCCAGGCAGUGGAGGAUAUUCUUAUGACUAACAAGUCAAAAUGCCUGGAGAUGGUUCCUUCGAAGAAGAUAAACUCGCAGAAUAUCGCAAUGACAAACUUCAUAAACGAUUUCAUGGCAGAUUUCAGCAGGACAAAGCUACCGAAGGCAACGAAGCUUGAUGAUUUUGAUUAUGAUUACCAGCUGAAGAGACAAAGUGCACUACUGAAUAGAGAGUCCAACGAAAAGAAGAUAGUGAGGAAUCUGAAACGUACACUUAUCCAAGAAGAGGACAAACUAAACCAGACGACAAAGUUUUUAAAGUCGUACGAAAAACUGAAUGAAGAAGAGGACAAGAAACUCAGGCAGGUUAUGGAUGAAUUUGAAAUAGAACAUUCCAACGAGGGAACAAUGUUUGAUGAUAUCAAGCUGGUGGGUUUGGACCUCGAUACAAUACAAUCAGACUCUGAAUUACAAGAGUUGAUGAAGAACUUUGAUAGCCAACUUGAAAAGUUGGACAACCAGUCAAAGUUGUACCACGAUAUCGUUGGUAGAUUGGACAAAGUGCUUGAGAAUCUUUAA